GUGUGAGGUGUUCUCAGUUCCCAGGUGAAGGUGCCUGAAGCAGAAACCUCAAAGUGGAUCAUGGCAACAUUCCUCUUCUUAGUGCAACUCCUCUUCAUCGGGACACUCACCACCUCAGCAAACGCAGAGACAGAAACAUGUAAUUGGCUCCUGAAUACAACUGAAAGCAACUUCACUGUAAGCGUGACACCCGAUGUAUACAAGGCAAACACAACCUACCUAGUUACAAUAACUGACAACAAAAACCUCACCAACAAUGUGACCAAAUAUCUGCUGCAAGCCUUAUCCCCGCAAAACGCCUCCCUGGGAAAAUGGCAUGUGGAAGAGAGCGAAAACUGCAGUUCUAUCAACACAAUAGUACUAAGCGGCACUGAGAAUAAAGCAAACUGGACAUCUCCAGAAAGUAACAUAACUUCUGUGCAAAUCAGGGCAUACAUUCGCCUAAAAGAUAAUUCCACUCAGCUCUCGACUGUGACUCUGCGCAAAGAAACAGGAACACCAACCACCCCCAACUCCGUCUCCAUGGUUCAGAGCAGCUCCUUCUUUAUAGCCGUCAUUCAGCUGCCGCUGGUCCUCAUCACAAGCAAACUCCUCUCCUAGAAGGCAGGAAGAGAGGAUGACCCGGCUGUGCUGCUCCUUCCCUCCGUACGAACGGGAGCGCAGGCAGCUGAUCAACUCAGGAAAGCUAUUCACUUCUUCUGUGUAUUAGGAUGAUAACUGCACUUGUACAUUAAAUUAUAAUGGUCUAUUUGGCCACAGAGCUGAUCCUCCCCGUACUCCCCUCACCCAGAGCCAGCAAUCUCAGCACGAUGAAAUGUUUUGUAGCAAGUCAGAGAUCACUGUUCAAGCUUUUCAGCUCAAAAAGCAUCACAAGGUCCAGAGCAGACCCCAUCUAACAAAGCAACACUGCAGGAAUUAACUCUGUCCUCAACACCUGGGGUUCUGUGAAGCACAAAAAAGCAUGAAAAUGCUGGAGAGAGAAAAGGCCCUCUUCUCACCAGGGUACCAGGAUCUGCUGAGAAGCUCAGGAAGAGGUCUGCUUUUGGCCAUGCAGCAUGGGACCUGCCCUCAACGUGUGCAUACGUACGUCUGCCUGCGUGUGGAUGUGCCUUCUGGCACAGCUCAUCCCAGUACAUCCACUAAAACUGAGGGAAGCAGAACAGAGACUGGGAGGGGAAAUUAUGGGUUUGAGAUUCACAUGCCUCAGCCAGUUUAAAACCUCCAGUGCGAGUACAGAGAUGAUAACUGCACCCAUCACCCCUCCAGCUGCAGAGGAGAGCCCCUCACUGGGCAGACUGGAGAUCCUGCUGGCAGGGAUCCUCCGUAAAGGCCCAGGCUUGAGAAUUUACGCUCCAAGUUGUUAUUCAGGCCAGCAUCCCUGAAAUCUUAUUAUUUCGGUGGAUGCCUUCUAAAGUUUCUCUGGUUUUCUUCUGGCUUUCUGGAAUGGCAG